AAAAAAGGGUAUAAUUCAAAGAACGCUGCAUGGUCACACUGCGUUAACCGUCUCGACUCACGACUCACGGCAAGUUUUCCCUGAUAUUUGUUGCAAAUUGUUACAGAAAAUCGAUCGCAGAUUUCGGUGUGAGAUUCAAAUAGAGAAAGUGACACAAAAAUGUAAAUCGCCGAGAAAAUGAUCGAAAUGAAUAAUGGAAUUCGCUAAAAAUAAACGAAAAGCAAGCAUGUAAAACCAAAAAAAAAAAAAACGAUUCGAAAUGCAAGUGCGAAGGUGUGUGGGAGUGCGUGAAAGAAGAGCUGCUGCAACAAAAUUAAUAUAAAUAACAGUGCCAAGUGCCGUUGCUUUUGCUUUUGCAAAUUGUUUUCGCGCUAAAUUGUAAAGCGUUUAGGCCGUAAAUUGCGUGUUUAAAUAUUUCCGCUGCAGCGGCUAAUUAUUUAAUUACACCAGCGGUCGCUGGCCCCGGCUUUGUGUGUGUGUUCGAAGGGGUGUAAGCGUGUGUGUGUGUGUGUGUGUGUGGGUGGAAUGAUGAGAAAGAAGGACCAGAAGGACAACCGAAAUGAAGACUUUUAAAUUCGCAACAACCGCCAACGGUGGCUUUUAAUUUUUUUAGUUUUCGGCUAAAAUUCAAAAUCUGAUGUGUACACACACAUUACUGCCCAGAAACGGAGAAAACGGGGCGAAAAGAAAACUACGAAAGUGGUUGCUGUAGGUGCUUUGAAUGUAUGCGUGACACGUAUAUGUGUAUGUGUGUGUGAGAGGAAUGCUGCUGUCUAUGUAUCACGUUUCGCACGCUGACCGCGAAUGUGUGUGUGUGAGUGUGGCUGCUUAGUGUUGUAUAGUGCAUAAAUUAUGGAAUCCAGCGUUUCUUCAGAUUUACAUAGUUUGAGAUUCAGUUUUUUUUAGAUAUUUCCCUUAUUUGCUGAAACAAUCCAAUCGAUCUGCUCUCACUCUCUCUCUAUAUAUGCUCUCUGCAUCUUCUGCUGCCUCUCCCUCUCCCUCCUCUAGUUGCAUCCCCAAAAGAUGCACGAAGAGAGUGGGAGAGAGGCCGCAAACAGACGCCGCCAGUUACCAAUACCAAUACUAAUGCAAGAGAACAACCGACAAAUCUUCUUUUUCUUUUCGGCUUCUCUUCUCGUUACUCGCUCGCCGUCACUACUACAACUACAAACAUAGCAGCAGCAGCGACUGCGACGGCGACGGCGGUAUAUAGCGACGGCCGAUUCGAUUCAAAGCUAGGCGAGCAAAAUUUCCAUUGUGCGCCCGCAGUCGCUUCGAAAAUUUCUGACUCGUCAUUCGUGUUGUGUGUUGUGUGCGAAAAAAAAAAAUGCACAAAUCACCGAAAAACAACGGCCCAUAAUGACAGUAGCAACAACAACAGCAACAUGAAAAAUUCUCGAGUGUGUGUGUUUCAUUGCCAAAGCAACAACAACAACAACAGCGGUUACGUUUAAAAAUUUCUCGCCACAGAACAGAGGCAGAAAUACAAAAUUAAUAAAGUAAAUAAAUAAAUCAAAUUCAAAUACAAAUACAAAAUUCAAAACCAAACAACAACAACUACAACGCCAAUAGCCAAUUACAACAACAACAGCAAAUCUUCAAACAGCAACAACAAACAACAACAAAUAGAGUGCCGAGAAGAAGCAGAGUUCAAUUUGUGUAUCCGUGUGUCUCUCUCUGUCUCGUCCCUCGUCUCUCUCUCUCUUCCUCUCGCGAGUGUGUGUGUGUCUCCGUUCGUCGUUUAUAUGUGUAUGUGUAAGUGUGUGCAGCAGAAUCAAUAAAAAAAAGAGAAGAGAAAAGAAAAGGAAAAAAAAAGAAUCUGAAAAGAAAAUCAACCGCAAAUGUGCAAAAUACUAGAGAGAAAUAAACGCCAAUCCAUAAAAUAAAAGAAUAAUAAUAACAAUAGCAAGUUAAGAAAAUGAGGAGCUGCUGUUGUGCGAAUAAAACCAGAAAACAACAACUAUGACGCAUCAAAAUCAUCAGACAAACGGCGCAAGUUUGGAGGACUGCCAUACAAACUUCUAUGCGCUGACUGAUUUAUGUGGAAUAAAAUGGCGAAAGUUCGUUAUGGAGGAGCGGCCGAACGCUUUAAGCGAUCCUUUAAAGGACCCCAUACUGCGCUCCUAUUCGCGUUGCAUCCAGGCGGAUAUGCUGUGCGUGUGGCGGCGAGUCCAGUCAACGAAACAGGACAACACCGAUCCGAAUGCCUUAACCUACGAGAUCACCACCUCGACCAAGAUCCACCCGCCUCUCUCGCUGGCCGCCGCCAAGGAGCUGUGGAUCUUCUGGUAUGGCGAGGAGCCCGAUCUCAGCGAGCUGGUGGACGCUGAUCUCUUAAGAGUAGCUGCCAACCAAGCGCUUUGGAAUGGCACCUGGAAGGGAGCCCUCACCUACGAGUGCCGAUCGCUGCUCUUCAAGGCCCUGCACAAUCUCAUGGAGAGAUUUGUUCUUACCAAGGACAUUGUGCGAUUUGGAAAAUGGUUCGUGCAGCCCUGCACUUCCAGCGAUCGUCUUUUCGGAAGAAGCUCCCAACAUCUGUCGUUCUCAUUCACGUUCUUUGUGCAUGGCGACACCGUUUGUGCCUCCAUCGAUCUGCGAGAGCAUCCCGCCGUGCGGCCGCUGACGAAGGAGCACCUGGCCGAGGCGGCGGCCGCCUUUGCUGCCGCCAGUGCCCCGCCAGGAUCAGCCGCGCCAGGAGCGGCGGGCGGUGCUGGCGGCCCCCAACCCAGUCAAGAGCCGGCCCAGAAUGGCCCCGCCAUGGAUGAGGCGGGCGAGGGCGGAGCGGCCAAGGUCACGCCACCGGCGCAUCCGCGCAAAGUGAUGCUGGCCCCGUUCGGAAUCGCGGCCAUCCUCACUGGGAACAGCUACAAGGCCAACGAUCCUAUGGCCGAGAAGAUCCUCGAGGACUGGGCCUCCUUUUUUCCGCUGUGCAAUAAGGACAACACGGACUUGCCUCCCGUCGUGGAGGUGGUGUCAGGUGGUCAUAAGAUGUAUCAUCCCACGAACUAUGUACUAGUCACCGACCUGGACGACAUGGAGCACAUGGAACACAUGGCCGAGCUGCAGAAGAUGCAGAUGCAUAACGCCGCCGGACAUGGUGGCUCGGAAGCCUCACUCUCCUGCCCCCCGGUUGCCGGAGCAGCUGCUGGCCCUGUUCCUGGUGCACCUGGCACGGCGGCGGUUCCAGUGGGUCCUGCGUCCGCUUCCGCCUCUGCAAAGGAGGCAUCCACCCGGAAGACGGCUCCCCAAGUGGUCAGCGCUCUGGAACGACUCUCCUUUCAACCCUACUACGAUCAACGGCCCACCUCGGGCUUCACCUUCAACACCAACAAUACUCACAUCCCGGCCACGGCGGCGGUGGAGAUGCCGGAGCGCACCUGGCAGGACUGCAUCAUGAAUACGCUGCACGUGGAUGCGGCUGCCGCGGCGGCAGCAGCAGCAGCGUCAUCUCGGUCCACUGGACCGGAGGCCUCAGCCGCCGGCGAGGAGGAGGACAGCAAGCAGCAGGUCCAGCAGCAACUGCAACAGCAACAGCAGCAGCAGCAGCAGCGGCACAAGCUCUGGAACUUUGUGGAUCCCAUGCAGAAGGCGCCUUGCACCUGCACCAACGCCCAAUGCAUCAGCCAUCACAACAACAACAACAACAACAGUGGCAACAUUAAGAGGCAACAGCAACCGCUGGGAUCGCCAGCUCUUAGAACAGCAGUUGCCAAUGCCAGUGGCAAUAAGUCAUCCUACCAACAACAUUACCACCAGCAACACCUCCACCAACAACUGCAACAACAACAACAACAGCGACCGGGAACACCUGUGUCGGUGGCAGGAGCAACAACAUCAUCGCAUCAUUCCAGUUCCAGUUCCAGUUACAGUUCCAGUUCCAGUUCCCUGAGCAACACUUCCACUUUCAACUCUUCCGCGUCAGCAGUGCGGCGUCACAAUGUGCCGUUCCACAAGCGUUUGUCUGCAACAUCUGCAACUGCAACUGCAACAUUUAGAUCUAAAACCAACAAUAACAACAACAACAACAACACUACAACAGACACCAAUAUACCAAAACAAAGACAUCUGGGAAAUACCCCUCACGGAACGCCACAUGGUGGAGCUUCGACGUAUUCUCGGAAUUCCCUCGGCGGCGACUCCUCGAUGCCAGUGGCCUCCGUGGAAUCGCCGGCCACACCGGCCCCCUCGCCGCAUCCCAAUUCGGCGCACUCGCAACCGACAUCGGUGCCACCCCCGGAGCAAAUGCUCAACAUGAGUCCACAUGCCCCCACUUCUGUUUCGAAUCUGCAGCAGCCGCCGACCCCCAUCGACCACCUGCUGGACAAGAACACCCCGGCGCCCACGCCCACGGACCAGCACGACAGCAAGAGCAUCACCGCCUCGCCCUACGUCCACCAGACGCCCAGCGUGGAGCCGCCCUCCUACGCGGACCAUGCGACAGGUGGCGGCACCGGCGGCAGUGGCUCGGGCGGUGGGGCAACGGGUACUGGACCCGGCAGUGUGCCUGCCCAGCAGCCGGCUACACCGACAGCGGCGGCAGUUCCGUCGGCGGGAGCAGGAUCAGCGUCCGGCGGAGCAGGAUCUGUGGGCACCAUCAGCGUCAAGAAGCUGGAGAUGCAGCAGAAGCAGCCGCCCUUGACGGCGGCAAUGGCCAUCAAGCAGGAGCCGGGAAUCGCGGCAGAGCGAGGUGGGGCUAGUGGAGGUGGAGCCGCCUCCACCGCGGAGGCCAUCCAGAACUUGCUGAGCCUGUACAAGCCGCCGCAGCUGACGCUGAAGGAUGAGGACAGCUACUACGACGAGGACUGGCUGAAGGAGCUCUACAACUUUCAGUGCCAGGAGAACUGGGACUACCUGCCUGUGAAGCGGCCUAAGCUGGAGGAUACCAACAAGCAGCGUCGACCGCGGUACGCCAAGGACCUCUACGAGGGUCAUACGCACGUGAAGCCGCUGAUGCCCUCGCCGGGAUCCGUCUAUGGCUCCCAGUUGCUCUCCCUGGACGUUCAGUCCAAUGCAACGGGAGGCGGUGGAGCGGGCACCGGAGGAAGUGGCGGCACCAGCGGCGGAUUGGUGGGAAUCGCCAACAGCAACGCCAACGGCAGUGACGCCGAGAACGAGAGCGGAAACAGCUUUUUCCAAGGGCUGGACAUUAAAACGGAGCCGGGACUCCACUCGCCCACGAAAACCAGCAGCGGAGGAGGAGGCGGCGGCAGUGGAGGCGGAAGUGGCGGCGGUAAUCUGUUCACGGCCGAGGGCCUGAAUCCAUCGCUGAACGACCUGGAGCAGCUGUUUGAGACGAGUUCCAACGACGAGUGCAGCAGCGUUCAGAUCCACACGCCGCCGGACUCCAACAAUCCCUCCAACGGGGGCUGCAGCACGGUGACGAACACGAUCGAUGAGCUGAAGCGGAGCACGGCGAUCUCGACGAACGCCCUCGUGGCAGCAGCCGCUGCGGCAGCGGCGGGCAACAUCCAGGCGGAGGAUCUCACCAAGAUGUUCCCAACGCCGCCGUCGCACGAGCAACAGCACCCGAACUCCAGUCCCUGCCAAACGGAUGUGGUGAUGACGGAUCUCAGCGUGGACACGAGCACCAGCUGCAUCAGCAACAGUGCCUGCAUAACCAGCAGCAACACCACCAUUGUCAGCAACAACAACAACAACAGCAAUGUCACCAUUAACGCCACCACCACCACCAGCAGUAUUAUCCUGGCGGCCAUCCAGGCGCCCGUCGCCGUGGUGAACGUGACCAAGCUGGUGAAGCAGGAGUAUAAUCUGGAGCUGGGCAGUCCCGUCGAAGAGGCUAUCGACAACUGGAACUACGUGUACCGGCCGCCGCAGCAGGAGAAGUUUGUGGGCGCCUCCAAGUAUGCUCCAUUGACGAAUCUGCCCAGCCAAGCCCUUCCGCCCCUGAAUAUUCCGCCGGGAUGCUUCUACCAGCCCACCUGGAGCAGUCACAAGUCCAGGGCGGCCACCUUGGCCAAGGCGGCGGCGGCACAGAAGCAGCAGCACCAGAAGCACCAGGCCCUCCAGCAGCGCAUCCAGCUCCACCAGCAGAAGCUCCAGCAGCACCAGCACCAGAACCACCACCAGCAGCAGCAGCAGCAACAGCAGCAGAAGCAUCAGCACCAGCAGCUGCACGAACUCCUGUCGGCUGCUCCGAGGACUCCGAUGACGCCCACGGUGCCCCAGCCGCUGAGCAGUGGUGGCAGCCAGCUGCUGCUCAACCAGCUGAACUGCCCGCAGGCGCCGCCCGGAAGCUCCAUGCAGCAGAUGAUGCGGGCGGGCAUGUCGCCCAUUUCCCCGGGACCCGGCGUAGUGCCCUUCCCCCGGAGCAGUCCGAUGAUGCGACAGACCCCCACGCACCCGCCGCCUCCAUAUCCCUACGAACUGGCUGUGGCCAGUCCAGCCACAUCCACGUCCUCGUACUUGAACCGACCCCUCCACUCCCAGGAGCACCAGGGAAUGGGCGGUGGCGGCAUGGGAGUCGGCGGAAUGGGCGCCCCAGGCGGUGGCAUGAGCAUGAUGCCCUACACUGGCGAUGCUGGCAUUUCCAGUGGCAACUCUGCCGCGGCCGUGGCCUCCAGCCUGCUCCAGGAGCUGCCCGAAGUGAACUCCGUGCUGGUCAACAUCCUGCUCUACGACACCGCGUUGAACGUCUUCCGGGAUCACAACUUCGACAGCAGCAGUGUGUGUGUGUGCAAUGCGGACACGCAGAAGAUUGGCAACAUUCGGGGCGCGGAUUCGGGAGUAUAUGUUCCCCUGCCCGGCGCCAGCUUCAAUCCAUUUCCGGCGGGCGGAGGACAGCGCCUUCUCAACGGUCCGGCUGCCUCGUUUGGCGGCCUGCGGAUGAUCAGUGCCUUUGGAGGCUCUCCCGCCUCCGCUUCGAUGCCCGGAGCUGGCUCCGGACACGGUCACGGGCCGAAUGGUGGCUCCAACUCGUCCUCCUGCACGCCGCCCAGCAGCAAUCCCCACAUCACCGGCUACGUGGACGACGAUCCCGUCGAGUGCACCUGUGGCUUCAGUGCGGUGGUCAACCGCAGGCUCUCGCACCGCGCCGGCCUCUUCUACGAGGACGAGGUGGAGAUCACGGGCUUAGCCGAUGAUCCGGGUCGGAACAAGCAGCCCACCCUGCUCAGUCUCAUCCAGAGUCUGUGCCGGAAGAACCAAAUCAAACAGGCGCCGGGAGAGCCGAGCUCCGCGCUGGAGAAGGCGGGAUCGGGUGGAGGGGCUGGGGCCACGGCUGGACAGCUGGAGCACCUGGCCCACGCCAUCUUUGAUCUCCUCCUCGACCAGUGCUCGAUUAUCCAAACUUCCAGCAGUUCGGUGCAUCGCGCCCUGCAGUCCCAUCGCCGGCGGAUGUCCCGGCAUAGGAGGAUAUUCGGGACGAACGGAGCACCCACCGCCUCUAGGGCGUCGAUAGCCAACGUCCUGGAGUUCAUAGACGCCCAUGACGUUGUCAGCCUGGCGCUGGAGCAGGCGCGACUGGCGUUCGAGAACAACAUGAUGGACUUCCACGGGAACGGGAGCAGCACAUUCCAGGCCUUCCACGCUCCGCCGCCCGCCCUGCGCCACAAGCUGGCGGGGAUUGGCGGCGGCCGGUUGACGGUGCACAAGUGGCCUUACCUCCCGGUUGGCUUCACCAGGAGCAACAAGGAGAUCGUACGGACCAUGAACGCGAUACAGCCGAUGCUGCAGAGUGCCUUCCACUGCAAGUCGCGGGGCGGAGCCGCCGGCUCCAAGGACGCCAGCUCCUACAACACGGUCAGUGGUCCGCUGACGUGGCGGCAGUUCCAUCGGCUGGCGGGUCGCGCCUCCGGUCAGUGCGAACCCCAGCCGAUUCCCUCCGUGAUCGUCGGCUACGAAAAGGAUUGGAUUUCCGUGGCGCCCCACUCCAUCCACUACUGGGACAAGUUCCUGCUGGAGCCCUAUUCCUACGCCCGGGACGUGGUCUACGUGGUGGUCUGUCCGGACAACGAUCAUGUGGCCAACUCCACGCGCACCUACUUCCGGGAGCUGAGCAGCACCUACGAGAUGUGCAAGCUGGGCCGACACACGCCGAUCCGGGGCUGGGAUGGCAUCCUCCAGGUGGGCGCUGCUCGCAACCCCGCCGCCGCUGACCGCGAAGCGACUCCCUUGGACGAGUGGCUGCGCAGCCUGGAGCACGCCGCCCUGGCCGAGCAAAUCCGCCGGUAUGCCGUGGCCUUCAUCCACCAGUUGGCGCCGUAUCUGAGUCGAGUGCCCAACGACAAGACGCUCCUCAACCCACCGGACGGUACUGGGAACUCUGGCAACACCAAGGGUGGCAGCUCCUUGACGCCCAACCUGUCCGCGGCAACGGGCUUGCCCGGCGGAGACCUGGCCACGGAUAACAUCAAGCUGGAGCCGGGAACCGAACCGCCGCCAGUGGAGGCCAACGCGGAAGUAAAGCAGGAGCCGGGAACGGGAAAGCCAGGAGCGGCAGGAGCCGACACGAAACCCGCUCUGAUCCUGGGCGAUCCGUUGGGCGUGGGCGAGACCCUGGAGGACAUCAACCCGCCGGCCAUCGUCCUCUACGUGGUGAAUCCCUUCACCUUCGGUUCGGACAGCUGCGAACUGGAGCGCCUGGCUCUGAUUGCCCUGCUGCGCUGCUACGCGGAGCUCCUGAAGGCUGUGCCCGACUCCGUGCGCUCCCAGAUGAACAUCCAGAUUAUAUCGCUGGAGUCCGUGAUGGAGCUGGGGCCGUGUGGCAACCGGAAGCGCUUCUCGGACGAGAUCAAGUGCCUGGCCCUGAACAUAUUCUCGCAGUGCCGACGCCACCUGGUCCACGCCCAGUCGGUGAAGAGUCUGACGGGCUUUGGCACGGCCGCCAAUAUGGAGGCGUUCCUGAAGACCAAGGACGAACCGAACCGCCGGGCGUACAAAAUGUACACCGCCCCGUUCGUCCUGGCGCCGAUGCACGAGCGAAACGACAAGACGGACUUCUCCCGGUCGGCGGGCAGCAUGCACGGCCAGAACGAGCACCGGUACUCGGUGAUGUAUUGCAACUAUUGCCUGAGCGAGGACCAGGCCUGGCUCCUGGCCACCGCCACCGACGAGCGGGGCGAGCUCCUGGAGAAGAUCUGCAUCAACAUCGAUGUCCCGAACCGGGCGAGGAGGCGGAAGGCGCCCGCUCGCUAUGUGGCGCUCAAGAAACUGAUGGACUUCAUCAUGGGCCUCAUCUCCCAGACGUCACAGAUGUGGCGACUGGUGAUUGGACGCAUCGGGAGGAUCGGGCACAGCGAACUGAAGUCCUGGAGCUAUUUGCUGAGCAAACAGCAGCUGCAGAAGGCCUCCAAGCAGUUCAAGGACAUGUGCAAGCAGUGCACCCUCAUGUAUCCUCCCACGAUCCUGAGUGCCUGCCUGGUGACCCUCGAGCCGGACGCCAAGCUGCGCGUGAUGCCCGAUCAGUUUACGCCGGACGAGCGCUUCUCCCAGAUCUCCAUGCAGAACCCGCUCUCCACACCCCAGGAUGUCACCUGCACCCACAUCCUGGUAUUCCCCACCAGCGCCGUAUGUGCGCCCUUCACGCGACAGUUCCAGAACGAACCGCAGGUGGAGGACGACUUCCUCACCUUCGAGGAGGAGGGAAAUGAGGACUUUGACGAUGCGGACAUGAACGAUCUCUUCUGGGACCCUCCUAUGGACAAAACUUCGAAUCACGGCAGUCCCGGACGCAUGGAUGACAAUCGCAGCUGGCAGAGCGCCGGCGGCAACAACUUCAAGUGCACCCCGCCCCAGGAGGUGGAGGAGGUUGGAUCUCUAAACCAGCAGCCAAUAUCCGUGGGAUAUAUGGUGUCUACGGCGCCCACGGGCCGGAUGCCUGCCUGGUUCUGGUCCGCCUGUCCGCAUCUGGAGGACGUGUGCCCCGUGUUCCUGAAAACCGCUCUCCACCUGCAUGUGCCGAGCAUUCAGACCGCCGACGACAUCCUAAACUCGACCAACGCCCAUCAGUCGGCCAAUGACCAUCCGCUGGACUCGAUCCUGACGGCGGAUGUGCUACGGUUCGUCCUCGAGGGAUACAACGCCCUCUCGUGGCUGGCCCUCGACUCCAAUACUCACGAUCGCCUCUCGUGCCUGCCGAUCAACGUCCAGACGCUGAUGGAUCUGUACUAUCUGACGGCUGCCAUAGCCUAAGGAUCUCGUCCAGGAUCUCACUCAAAAUCAUCCAAUCAAUCAAACGCAGUCGCAUGCUUCCGAUGGCAGAACUUCCACUAGCUAUAUCAUCAAUCCUAAGGAAACACUAAAACAGGAACUACCAUUUAGAACCGAAUCAACAACAACAACAACAACACCAAGCAACCAAGAAUCGAAGUUAACAACAAAAAAAAUCAUAAAAAACUAAAACUUAAAAAAUAGGAAACAACAACACCAAGAACAACAGCAAUAGCAGGAGGAAACGAAACAGCAACGCACAGAUUACUUAGUAUAAUCAUUAAAAAGAAGAAAGAAAAAGGAAAUAGAAUUGAAAAGUAACGAGAAUUAGAGAGGAGAGCGGCGGAGAUAACUUUAUCGUUUAUCGAUAAACAACAGCAUUACUAUUUAUUAACUGUGGAGAAUUUUUAAAAAAGUGUCAAGUGCAAGAAUUGUUUGUUUUAACUUUUAUUUUUUUAUACCAUAUACAUAGGCUGGCGUUCGAUUUAGUGUUUAAUAUUUAUACAUAUACAAGAUGAAUGAAAUAGCAAAAGGAAAAAAAAUGAUGAUAAAAAAGUUAAAAAGCAAAACAAACAAACAAACCACACACACACACACACAUGUUUAGGCAUAUAUUAUAUUAUAUACAUAUAGAGCAUAUACAAUACGCAACAUAUAUUAGACUAAGUAUAAAAGUUUGUACAUAUUUACAACCAAUUAAUUAAGCAGAAACCGCAAAACAGCAACAACAAAGCAAAACAGAAAGUGUAAUUAUACAACUAGUGUUAGUUUACAACCAAUUUGGAUGAAGAAGAAGAGCAGUCUAAGAAGAAGAAGAAGAACGAGUCGGAGGCCCUAUUUAAAUCUAUUAAAUUAAAUCAAUAAACUGUGUAAAUUUUUUGUGCAAAG